AUGGCGCCAACAUUACCGAGAGCGCCACUGCGCUCACUAUCCUCCACACUCCUUCCAUCUACGACCUCAACACCAUCGACCACCUCCACCGCCUUCCGAACAUUCAGCACAACAGCCUCCCGCCUCGAGGUCGACAUCCCCCCCGAGUCACCGCGGUUCAUCAACCUUCCGGAACUGCCACAGUCCUCCGAGGACAAGCUCCCACCGGUGAAGGGCGUGCUGCCGGUGCCGCGCGAGGUCUUCCACCGGCGCAACAACGGCAGCCACAAGAUCCAGGCCGGGUUCGUGGGGCAGACGGCGCCGCGGUCCAAGGCCGAGGCGGCGGGCGAGGCGGCGCGGUCCGACAAGGCGGCGUGGAAGCGGGCGCUGGCCGAGUCGCGGCGCAAGGCGCUGGCGGCGGGCAUCGACGGGCUGUGGGCGCGCAAGAACACGCGCGAGGGCGCGGCGAAGCGCCGCGCAGAGGCCCACCGCCUGCGCAACAAGGCCGCCGCCGACGCGCCCGAGGGGCUCGACGACCUCUACACGCGCGGCACCGUCACGCAGGCCACGCUCGACACCAAGGUGGUGCGCGACCCGCUGUACCGCGAGCGGCAGCUCGAGUCGCAGGCGCGCACGGCGGCGCUGCAGAAGGAGCGGUCCGAGGCCCGCAAGGAUGCCAUCCAGCGGCUGUACGUGGAGGCGGGCGACUUCAUCGUCAGUGAGGACGAGCUCGCCAAGAAGGUCGACGUGGUCUUCUCCAAGGCCCACUUCGAUGGCAAAGGGAGAUGGCAGGGCAGAUACAAGUCCGAGAACGUGUGGGACGCCUACGGCUCGCCGGUGCCCGUGAGGGCCAUGUUUGCCGGCUUGAAGGGGACGAGCACCAAGGCCCUCGACAGCUACAUGCCCGAAAUUGGCUUCACCACACAGCGCCAGAAGGUUGUUUCCGGCGAGCUCACUGGUGGCGCUGUGUCUUCGGGUGAUCACCGAGAUGGCCGGUGA